AUGGGCAGGAUACUUGCCCUCCCUAUUGAGUUGCGUAUCUCCAUUUUGCAAGAGCUAUCCGAUAUCGGGGAUCUUUCCGCGGCAGUGUCUAGCCACCGCCUGCUGGCCGAGGCGUUGCGCGAAUCCCCCACCAUUGUUGGCCAUGUCCUGGGAAACGAAAUUGAUCCUCGACUUUGGUCGGUCGCAGUGACGAUAUGGCAAAUGCGGACACGUAGAAAAGAGGCUAAGGUUUACGACGAGAAAGACGCACUUUCGAUCCUUGAGGAAUGCCAAAGCACCACUCCCCAAGAAGCAUGGAAAUAUUUGACCACUGUGGAUUUGGACGAGGCGCACAAAUACUUCCACCAACUACAUCGCGCUAUUGACAAGUUUACGACCGACUUUAUAUCUAUGGCCCUUGACUUCCUGGCUAUUGAAGGCGUGCUAGACCACUCUUCACCCAUACCGUCACCUACCGAGGUCUAUCGUGUCCAACGCAGUUUCUAUUUCUUUGAAUUUUUCUGCUGUCUCUGGGAUGGCGGUCCGUAUAUUGUGGACUGGGAUCGUCGGUGGUUAAUGCCGUUAUAUGUUGGAUUUGACCCGUGGACAAACGAGCAGCUCGCCUCGGUGUAUGAGUAUUUGUUGAGACAACUCUCCAUUGGUAAAUAUGAUGAUCUAUACCACAGGGAUAAGAAUGAUGCUGACCAAAUACUGUACCUAAAGCUUUCAAUGACGUAUAUCGCAUCCGCUGGGGUACCUGGGCGACCGAUUUGGAAACACCAGACUAUGAAAAUGACGAAAAGGCAUUUUUAG